AUGAAGGUCAACGAGCAUACCGCGCUUUCAACCCCAACGGUCCUCUUGGUGCCUUACUCGGAGUCUCACGUCACAACCUACCAUGAAUGGAUGAAAGACGAAUCCAUCCAAGAGGCCACGGCAUCGGAGCCGCUCUCGCUAGAGGAGGAGUAUGCCAUGCAAAGGUCAUGGCGGAAUGACAGAGACAAGCUGACGUUUAUUGUCUGCCUGCCUCUUUCCAACUCUCCAAACGACACCUCAGAUUCUGUACGGCCUGGCGAAUUCGACAACGAAGACCGCAUGAUCGGCGAUAUCAACCUCUUCCUCUUCGAUCCCGACUCUGAGGAGAUGGAGCAGGACGUCGAAGCGAUCACUCCAGGCGUCAAAGGCGUGGUCGGUGAGAUAGAGCUCAUGAUCGCCCGGAAGGAUUUUCAACAAAAGGGAUACGGCAGAGCGGCUGUUUUGACCUUCAUCGAUUACAUCUUGACGCACUGGAACUUGAUCGCGGCUGAGUAUGCUCGGGAUUCUGUGCCGCCUCAGCUGAGUUUCUUGAGGGUGAAGGUGCAGAAAGGCAACGCGGGAAGCAUCAGGUUGUUUGAGAGUCUGGGUUUCAUUAGAACGGUCGAGGAGGCGAAUUACUUUGGAGAAGUGGAGCUGCGGUGGUUGCCCGACCUGGGAAGUCUCAGGAAAGGGAAAGGCUGGGACGGGAGUGUGGAAAUAAAGUACGGGUCAUAA